AUGUCCCAGAACCGGAUUCCGCCCCCACUAUUUCGAGACCUUUUGACUCCUGGACCCUACUUGGUUACUACGGAUCGACGACUUCUUUCGGUUCUUUCGCUUCCAGACUAUUUCUCUGCUACAAAAAAGAACCCCAUCAAAGCGUUGAUCAUGGAGAGAGGACCCAUCGAUCAAUCAAGCAGUCAUCAGUCAUCCCAUUUCAUCAAACAGCAUGCAGACUUCUAGCCUCGACAGGA